AAUACAUAACCACAUAUCCACAUUUACAACAAAGUAGAUGGUUUUGUUGUUUUGAUAAAAAAAAAAAAAAACAUGCGAAAAUAUGAAAAUCUGUCGGGAUCGUUCUGCGUAUAUUUCGCAACAUUCGUAACACGUGUAAACAAUAUGGCUUCUUGCGACAUUUCUUCAUCCCCAGAAUCGUCAGAUAUAGAUACAGACGAAGAAUUUGGCGACGAUUCAUCCGAGUCUGGAUCAGAUUUUGAUCAGGAUGAUUCAGACAGCGACCAUUCCUUUGGAAGUGAGACAGACAGCGAUGAUAACCAGGACACAGAUUCCACAUUAUUUGACCUUGACAGCCAGGCAAGCGACAUUAGAGAUUCUGACUUCUGGACUGAUGUUAUGGAAGACUUUGAUGUUCCAGACUUCGUCGAUACUUCAUGUCCCACUCAUCAGCUCUCUUCGGAUGCAAAUCCUCUGUUAUAUAUAUUUCCUGCUCUUGUUUCCCUUGAGUCUGGUACAGGUACUUGUGGACAACACCAAUUCGUAUGCUGCUCAGAGUGGAGCUCAGGGUUGGACCGAUACCACCAUCGACGAGAUGAAGGCAUUCCUCGGAUUACAAAUUCUGAUGGGGAUUAUUCAGCUUCCCAGAUACACUAUGUAUUGGUCAUCUGAUAAGUUUAUCGGUAACAUUGGUUUUCAAGAAACGCUGAGUUUGAAAAGAUUUGAAAAGCUCACUCGGUAUUUCCAUCUAAGUGAUAAUACUACUCAGGGAGCCAGAGGAACACCUGAAUUUGACAGAUUACACAAAAUAAGACCUGUACUUGAUGAGACAAGAAGGACAUUCCGGAGUCAGAUGAAUCCACCUAAGCAGCAGGCUAUUGAUGAGGGCAUGGUUAAGUACAAAGGGAGAUUUUUUGCAAGACAAUACAUGCCAAAUAAACCGGUCAAGAGAGGGUUUAAGAUAUUCAUGAGAUGUGAUGAGGAUGGUUACUGCUACGAUUAUUGGCCAUAUAUGGGAAAACAUGACUUUUUUCAUGGAAAGUCACUAGGAGAAAGAGUCGUCAAACACUUGUGUAGACCAUUGAAAUACAAAGGCCAUCAUGUGUUCUUUGACAGGUUCUUUACAUCCAUUUCCUUGGUGCGAACCUUGCUUCAGAAUGGGAUUUUUAGUUGUGGGACAAUAAAGAGCGACUCAGAAGGGUUUCCGCCAGAGUUAAGAAAUCCGGAUUUAAGGAGAGGGGAGACAUUACAGAUGCAGCACGACCAAUUGCUUGCCACUGCUUGGAAAGAUAAGAAAACGGUACAUAUUUUGAGCACUAAUUGCAGUCCGUUUGGAGACGGUCCAGUUGUCCGUCGAACUCGGGGUGGAAAUUUUGUUGAGGUUAUGUGUCCUCCACCAGUUUCUUCCUAUCAACGUUAUAUGAGUGGAGUCGAUAGAUGCAUGCAACACCGCGCAAAGAAUCCUGUUGGCAGACCAUCCAAGAAAUACUGGAAGUUUUUCUUCAACUUUAUUAUGGAAGUUUGCCUUAUAAAUGCAUUUGAGAUUUUUUCCAGAACACCUGGUAAGGAUCUUCCUGCCAAAACAAGGUUUGACCUGCUGGAUUUCAGGAUGGAGGUGGCUCAGCAACUUAUUGGAGGCUUCAGAGGAAGAAAGCGGGGCCAUCAUUUACAGGGUAUUCUUGACUCCCCUCAUGUUUUCUGCCAUCUGGAUCGCCUAAAGUCAACAUGCAAAUGGUGUACCAAACACGGAGAAAAGAAAAGAAAGGAGACAGUUUAUGGUUGUAAAGGGUGUAACAAACACUUGUGUAGUGAACGAUGUUUCAGGGAAUUUCAUUCUGAUGUUAAUCUCUAAGAUCAGUUUGUUACAUAAGUCACAUAAUCAUGCUUGGAAAAUUUGUAUGAGAUGUCACUUGCAGGAAUACAUAAAACAUAGGAUUACUGUACAUUACAAUGACUCAAAGAUCAAGGUUAAUAUUCCUUAAUUUUACGCAUUAUAUUUCAAAAUUUGAAUACCAUGUAUAGAGGCAUAUCCAAUCUCCUAAAUGUUAUUUUGGAAGCUAAGGUUUUUUUUUGGAAAUCUCCCUAAGUUUGUAAGUUAAGAAUGAUGUUGUCUACUCAAAGAUGUAAUUUUUUUUUCAAUUGUGCAACAUUGUGCUAUGUCAUAGAUCAAAGUUCAACUUCAUUCAAAUUUUGAAAAGUCUAUGAAUUAUAAAAGUUCAAAGUCUUUGAUUUUUUUCUGUUCUUUUUUUGUCCAGAGCCAUAGAUAACAUCUAAGUUUCUGCUUGUGUAAUUUUAUCUUCAUAUUUACUUGAAAGUAUUUACCACUUGUAAACAAUUAUGAUCAUUCCUACCAGGGUAAAAAAGUGUGAUAAAAAAACAAGAAUUGUUGGAGAAACAAAUACAUGUAUAAUUUAUACCUGCACGACAAUAUUGGAAAAAAGCUUUAGAAUUUGUUAUUGUGAAGAAAAUUAAUAGUUGUUUACUGGUCAGGGGGCAAACAUUCUAUCAAACCAAAAAUCACCAGAAGUAAUUUACUCUUCAGAGGAUAACAGUGAACAAAAACUGUUGUAUGAAAAGCAACAAUGUAAUUAAAAUCAGACUUCUUAGAUCUGCACCGUAUAUACUAUGUUGAGCGAAGGGUUUUCAAAAUCUUGAAUGGUUAAUAUCUUUAUAUAUUUUGAAUAGUUUGACCUUUGACCUUUUGACCUCCAUCUCAAAAGGGGUCAUCAUGUACUUACUAAGGGGUACCAGUCAUGAGUGUACAUGUACUAAGUUUCUUGUCUGUCAAGCAAAGGAUUUUUCAGACAUGGAAUGAUUAAUAAUUGGUCUAUGAUUGCGAGAGAUAGCUGUUAAGCAACGUUAUUCUUCCUUUUCCCUACUGGAGCAUAAAAUGUUGAAAUCCUGUAUUUACUCUCUAAAGUGCUUAAAAUUUGACUAAAACUUAUGGUAAACAAUAUGCUGCUAUGUCUCAGCAUCAAAAUUUACUUACUUUAAAUACUUUAAUGAACUAAAAAAGUUAAUAUAUAACUAACUGAAGGUUAAAUAGAGAUUUCUCAGUAAUUUGGGCAUAUUUCGUUGUCAUGGCAACAGAAAGAAUGUUUUCAUUAUCAUUUUCAGAAACCUCACAAUACCUACUUUCAGAAUAUAUAUACAUUGGUAUUUACAAAAAUUACAAGAAAUACCCGAAA